AUGUCGUUUAAAUCCCUCAAGGAGUUUGGCGUUUCAGCUGAGCGUCUGGGCUCCAUUUGUAAGAGAUUGAUGGCUCGUGUACAAAGCAACGGCAUGAAAAUGAACGGGUCGUCGGAGCACUUGGAUCAGCCAGACCCAGACUCCAUCAAGAUGUUUGUGGGACAAAUCCCUCGCUCCUGGUCAGAAACAGAACUCAAGGAGCUUUUUGAACCUUUUGGAGCAGUGCACCAGAUCAACAUCCUUCGAGACCGCACCCAGAACCCCCCUCAGAGCAAAGGAUGCUGUUUUGUAACUUUUUAUACAAGAAAAGCUGCACUGGAUGCCCAGAAUGCCCUACACAACAUAAAGACUUUAAGUGGGAUGCAUCAUCCUAUCCAGAUGAAACCCGCUGACAGUGAGAAAACAAGCGCGGUGGAGGACAGAAAACUCUUCAUUGGAAUGGUUUCAAAGAAAUACGGCGAGAACGAGGUCAGGAUGAUGUUCUCGUCCUUUGGCCAGCUGGAGGAGUGCAGAAUCCUGCGUGGACCGGACGGCCAGAGCAGAGGCUGUGCGUUUGUCACAUUUGCUACCAGGGCAAUGGCACAGAAUGCAAUCAAAACCAUGCAUCACUCUCAGACUAUGGAGGGCUGCUCCUCACCUCUGGUGGUGAAGUUCGCUGACACGCAGCGUGAUAAAGAGCAACGACGCCUGCAGCAGCAACUAGUGCAGCAGAUCCAGCAGCUCAACAGCGCCUCUACCUGGGGGAACCUGGCGGGCUUGGGCAGCCUCACACCUCAGUACCUGGCUUUGCUUCAGCAGGCUGCUUCCACAAGCAACCAGACCAGUUUCAAUAGUAUUCAGAGGCUAGGGGUGAAUCCUCUUCAACUGCAGAAUUUGGCCACAUUAGCUGCUGCAGCCGCCGCAGCCCAGAGUUCUGGCAGUCCCACCUCCUCCAGUGGCCUGUCAGCUGCCACCAGUGCACUCGGAGCUCUGGCCAGUCCAGCCGGCUCAACAGCAGGGUCCAGUGCCAGUGCCGCCAUGAACACGUUGGCAUCUCUAGGCACCCUGCAGGGUCUCACUGGGGCCUCCGUUGGCCUCAACAACCUCAAUGCUCUCACCAGCAGCGUCGGAGGAAUAGGGGCCCUGAACGGAGGUUUAGGCUCAUCCAUGGCAAACGGUUCAGCGGCCAGUUCCAUGGACGCGCUGACCCAGGCCUACUCAGGGAUGCAGCAGUACACAGCCUCGGCCCUGCCCUCCCUCUAUCCUCAGCCUCUCCUGCAGCAGAGCAUCCCCGGCCACCAAAAGGAAGGACCAGAAGGUGCCAACUUGUUCAUCUACCACCUGCCGCAAGAGUUUGGGGACCAAGACCUUCUGCAGAUGUUCAUGCCCUUUGGGAAUGUGGUAUCUGCUAAAGUGUUCAUCGACAAACAGACCAAUCUGAGCAAGUGCUUUGGGUUCGUCAGCUACGACAAUCCCGUGUCGGCGCAAGCUGCCAUCCAGGCCAUGAACGGCUUCCAGAUCGGAAUGAAGCGGCUGAAGGUUCAGCUGAAGCGUUCCAAGAAUGACAGCAAGCCCUACUGA